UAGGAGCUGAUAAAAAUGCAUCUAUCACUAUUUAAGUACGGUUUUCUUUUCGCUUGCCUCAACCUAAGCUCGGGACUGAGAAUUUUCAGUCCAUCCAGUAUUGGAACUAGGUACUUUAAAGACCAUCAACCUGGAAUCAUCACAGAUCAUGGCAUUGAGCAACCUGAGCGUUCCGACAACCAAUUGGUCCACUCAAGGGAUUGGCACGCAAGAAACAACGUGCCCUUUCCGGGUCGCUACUAUAGCUACAACAGCAUUGUCACAUCAAAACCGAUCUUGCGGCCGGCCACCAAAAAACCCACCCAACUUUUGGCGAGCUGGUUCAACAAGAAAACAACCAAAAAACCAUUCACCUCACUGUCAGUGGACAGCAGGCCAAACCAAAAUUCCAUUCUCAUCAAUAAUUGGAAACCGAUCUCGAAGCCAGACUCAAAGCCGAUCUUUCCAGUUAAAAAGCCGCAGUGUUCCUGCGAAUGCGGUGUGAAGCACGACGCUUUUAAGGCUGCAGAUACUCUGGGACCGCAACCCAUCAUCGGCGGGAAGGAAGCACGGCUACACGAAUUUCCGUGGGUUGUUAGGAUGGCAGUGCAAGGUCACACUUUUUGCGGUGGUGCUCUGAUAAACAACGAAUAUGUACUGACUGCUGCUCACUGCGUGGUUAGCCGUAGGAAAGAGCAAGUCCAAGUUGUGAUUGGCGACCACGACCAAACAACGACCCGGGAAACGAUCCAUACCCUCAUGAGUGCGGUGUCAGCAGUUACCAUCCACGAAAGGUACAACGGGGACAACUACACGAACGACAUUGCUCUGUUGAAGCUGAGCAAACCCGUCAAAUUCAGCGUCGGCGUGAGGGCGGCGUGUUUGCCAGGCUCGGCAAUGAAAGACCCACCCGCGAGAAGCGGCCAGAUCGCCGGAUGGGGCAGGGUGGUCGAGAAGGGCAAGGGCUCCGGAAAGAUUCUGAAGGUCGAGAUCCCGAUUUUGUCGCAGCAGCAGUGCAGGAGCAUGAAGCUCAGGCCCUCCAGGAUCACUGAUGACAUGCUGUGCGCUGGUGAUGUCAAUAAGGACUCUUGCCAGGGUGACAGCGGCGGCCCACUUAUCGUGCAAAACUCGCAGACUGGGAAGCACGAAGUUCACGGCGUCGUUUCUUGGGGCAUUGGCUGCGGCCGCGAAGGCUAUCCUGGCAUUUACACAAGAGUUUCCCAGUACAUGGGCUGGCUGAAGUCUAAAAUGUCCAACACCUGUAUGUGUACAUUGGUUUCGCGCAGUCAGUCGGCACUCCGCUCGCCUGGGCUCCGUUUGCUUCCCUCCUCUGCGCGCUGCCAGAAGAAAGUAGAAAUUAUUAUUUAUGCAUGGAACUCACCACGAGGCAGCAUUCGUCGAGAAAUGGCUCCAAAGCAGAGCAACACCUUUUGCCUCCUGUGCGUGCUUGUGUUUGUGCUUACGUUUAUGGUGCAACAGGACUUGGUGCUCACUGGACUAGUCAAUGAAAACUGGCGGAGCGGCGACAAAUCGCUCUUCAUCGCCGGCCGACACUCCGUCAAGUCACAAGAUAAUAAGGUGAAUAGGUCAGGGAGACUGUUUUUCAACGACUUCUUGAGCCUUUUUACCAACGCUGCCUCGGUCGCUAACGCCGUAGUCGACGAAGACGAUGAUGACGAGGAGGAGGAAACUGACUUGUUUAGAAACUGCACUUGCAAUUGCGGAGUGAUCAAUCAAGAAACGCGGAUAGUCGGGGGUCAGAUCACCGGAAUCCACCGCUAUCCCUGGGUGGCGAGACUCGUCUACGACGGCCAGUACCACUGCGGCGGCUCGCUCCUGAACUCGGACUACGUCCUAACCGCCGCCCACUGCGUCAGAAGGUUGAAGCGGUCCAAGUUCAAGGUGGUGCUCGGCGACCAUGACCAGUUCUCCACUUCUGAGGCUCCAGCCGUGAUGCGUGCGGUCUCCGCCAUUAUCAGGCACAAGAACUUCGACGGCACCAACUACAACCACGACAUUGCCCUCCUCAAGCUGCGCCGACCCGUCACCUUCAGCAAACAGGUGCGACCUGUCUGCCUCCCCUCUUCAGUUGCCGAUCCGCCUGCAAAAACUGGCACAGUCGUGGGCUGGGGCCGCACUUCAGAGGGCGGAAGCAUCCCCUCACACGUGAUGGAAGUUGAGGUGCCCAUUCUAUCACUGACCGAAUGCCGCAAGAUGCAGUACCGGCCCACAAGAAUCAGCUCCUACAUGCUCUGUGCUGGCUCCACCAACAAAGACUCGUGCCAGGGAGACAGUGGUGGUCCAUUGCUAGUGCAAAACGGAGCGAAAUACGAGGUCCAAGGAAUCGUGUCCUGGGGAGUAGGAUGUGGACGGCCAGGGUAUCCGGGUGUGUACACCCGAGUGUCCAGGUACUUGGACUGGGUGAAGCGGAACAUGCGCGACUCUUGCCAGUGCGUCAGAUGAGGAGGCUGCUCAAAAUCUCGGACACAACAAGUGAGAGACUUAAAACAAUUGCGUGCUGAUAAAAAUCAGUGGAUUACACCAAACUUGGGAACCAUGGUUUUACAAUUUAAUUGUGAGUGCGUGCGUCAAGCAAAGAACAACAAGCUGUGAAUAUUUACGCCUGUAGAUAAUUAAUUUAUAAGUUUAAGGAGCCUGUUACAUUUGUAAUUUAUUGAGUUUAUAUAUCUGUCAGGGAUUUUCAAUCGUAAACGACGUUUUAUCAGAGCUUUAAAAUAAAUAUACAAAUUGUUCAGAAAGCCAAA